GGUGUUCGUCCAGGAACCACAUGAUGCUGUCUUUGCCUUGGACUCUGAGGAGAAGAAAGUUAUGAUGAGCUGUGAAGCCAGAGGCAACCCUGUACCUGUAUACAGUUGGUUCAUCAAUGGAACAGUAGUGGAGGCAGAGAACCGUUACAGCUUGAUCGACGGCAACUUGAUAAUAACCAACGCCAGCGAGACGGCAGACUAUGGGAGAUACCAGUGUAAGGCGGAGAACAGCUAUGGGACGGUCCUGAGUCGGGAUGCACUGCUACAGUUUGCCUAUCUGGGAUCCUUCAGUGGGAGGACGAGAGGAGGUGUGUCUGUAAGGGAAGGACAAGGAGUGGUGCUCAUGUGUACCCCACCCCCUCAUUCUCCAGAGAUCAUGUACAGCUGGGUGUUCAACGAGUUCCCAUCGUUUGUGGCCGAGGACAGCCGGCGGUUCAUCUCCCAGGUAACGGGCAACCUGUACGUGUCCAAGGUGCAGCCUAGCGACGUGGGCAGCUACAUCUGUCUGGUGAAGAACACGGUGACCAACGCCAGGGUCCUCAGCCCGCCCACGCCACUCACACUCAGAACAGAUGGUCUAAUGGGAGAAUAUGAGCCUAAAAUAGAGGUGCAUUUCCCCCUGUCUGUCCCGGCUGCCAGAGGAGUCACCGUGAGGCUGGAGUGUUUCGCCCUGGGGAAUCCCGUCCCAACCAUAACGUGGAGGAAGAUGAACGGUAACAUCCCUAAGAAGGCUCGUCUGAGGAAGUCGCAGGCUGUUCUGGAGAUCCCUAAUGUACAGCUGGAGGACUCAGGGACCUACGAGUGUAAAGCGGAGAACCCCAGAGGAGGAACAGCCUUUAAGGGACACAUCCAGGUCUACACCUUCCCCCAGUGGAUCAGCACGAUAAACGACAGCCAGUUGGACAGUGGAGAUCAGCUGCACUGGGAGUGCAAGGCCACAGGGAAGCCUAGACCCACCUACCGUUGGCUCCGCAAUGGAGAACCGCUCACACCACAGAGCAGGGUGGAGAUGGUGAAUGGAGAGCUGAUUAUCCAGAAGGUCCAACAGGCUGACUCUGGGAUGUACCAGUGUGUCGCUGAGAACAAAUACGGAGCCAUCUACUGCAGCGCAGAACUCAAGAUCUUAGCGUCACCCCCAGUCUUCAGCCCUAACCCUGUCCGUCUGAUCGCCACGCUGGGGAAAGACAUGUUGUUGGGAUGUAGACCCCGAGCAUCUCCCAAGCCUAGAGUAACAUGGAGGAGAGGAGACAGACGCAUUCAGCCCAGCAGAAGGAUAAUGCUGUUACGAAACAACACGCUGAGGAUCAUCAACUCCACCCGCUCUGACGAGGGGAACUAUGUAUGUCGAGCCGAGAAUCAGUUUGGCUCGGCUGAGAUGACGGCCAUGCUCUGGGUAAAAGAGGCCAUGCGUGUGGACCUGAGCCCCAGCAGGGUGGAGGUGACAGUGGGGGAGAGCGUGGUGCUCAGUUGCAGGGUCUCACAUGACCCGUCUCUGGACGUGGCCUUCCAGUGGCUCCUCAACCAGCAGCCCCUCAACUUCCAACAGGAGGGCAGACAUUUUGAAUAUACCCAAACACAGUCCUCCACGGUGGACCUGAUGAUCAGAAGCAUCCUGCUGAAGCAUGCUGGGAAAUACGGCUGCCGGGCUCAGACCAGCGCCGACACGGUAUUUGCUGAGGCUGAAGUCCUCGUUAGAGGCCCCCCAGGACCCCCUGGUGUGGUGAUAGUAGAGGAGAUCAAGGACACUACAGCCACCCUGUCUUGGAGUGGAGGGGUGGACAACCACAGCCCCAUCAGCAGCUACAAUCUCCAGGCCCGGAGCCCCUUCUCCCUGGGCUGGCAGACCCUCAGAACAGACCCAGAGCCAGUGACAGGGGACAUGGAGUCAGCCAUGGCUGUGGACCUGAACCCCUGGGUGGACUAUGAGUUCAGGGUGGUGGCCAGUAACGCUAUCGGGACAGGAGACCCCAGUGCCCCAUCCAGAGGGGUCCGGACUAAAGAAGCAGUCCCCUCGGUGGUCCCAGCUAACGUCAGCGGAGGGAACGGCCGCAGGCAUGAACUGGUCAUCUCCUGGGAGCCUGUGUCUGAGGAGUUCCAGAAUGGGGAGGGCUUUGGCUACAUCGUGGCGUUCAGAGCCAAUGGGACGCGAGGAUGGAAGGAGAAGAUGGUGACAUCAGCAGAUUCCACUAUGUACAAGUACAGAGAUGAGACCUUCCCUCCCCUCACCCCCUUCGAAGUGAAGGUGGGAGUGUACAACAACAAGGGAGACGGACCCUUCAGUGGUGUGGUCACUGUGUACUCUGCAGAGGGGGAGCCCAGAGAGGCCCCAUCUGAGGUGAAAGCUUCCAGCAUUUCCUCUUCGGAAAUCAAAGUAACUUGGAGGCCACCCAACCCUGGCCCUGGGAGACCACGGGGGUACGAGGUGAGCUUCAGGAAGGACAGUGACCAGGAGGAGUCAGGGAACCGGAAGAAGACAGCGGGGAACGAGACGUCUAUGUUGCUGACAGGCCUGGAGGGGAACAGCGUGUACCUCAUCACAGUCAGAGGCUUCAACAGUAUCGGCCAGGGCCCUGCAUCGACCACUAGCACCGCCAAGACCAAGAAAGACCCUCCAGUCCAGCCUCCCGCCAACCUUGUGUGGAUUCAGGAAGGGACUAACGUAUCAUUAAACUGGGACCCGGUCAAGUCUAAAGACAACGAGUCAGAUGUCAUAGGAUACAAGGUGUUGUUGAGUCAGGAGGGGCGUGUCCACAAUCAGGUGAUGAGGACUAUCACCCCAUCGGCCGUCCUCUCUCUCCCGGAGGGAGGCACCUACAUCAUUGAGGUGCGGGCUUUGAGUGAGGGGGGAGAGGGAGCAAUCAGCUCCCAAGUCAGAGUACUCACCUCUUCAGGUGUCCGGGUGAAGAGUGGCCAGCGUUCGGUUCACAGCCUGCUACCAUGGGGUCUGACAUGGCCAUGGACUUUGGCGUUGCUCCUCUCUGUUCCUCUCGUGCCUUCAGCUUCCUGGUGAGGCCUCCGCCUCCUCCAUCCCUCCAUUCUCCUUUACUUGGAAGGACUGGACCUCUCCUCAUUUCCUCAUCCCUCGUUCCUUCCAUCCCUCCCUUCCUCAGACUGUCUGCUUGCUCUCGCCUUACGCAUCAGCCAAUCAGACCCAGGGCCUGCCAAGGAGAUCCACUCCUGAUACCAACAAACCAACAGAUUGUUUACAGAUGACGGAUGGUGAAAAAACAACUAUUAUUUUCUGGGAGUGGAACUAAUCUUUAUUUAGUAUGUUUUGGCAGUUCUUUCCAAGCAUCACUUGUAGUGUUGUACUGUAACUGUGCACUCUAGUUUAAUCAUUUAAUUUGCAUCUCAAAUGGUACCCUAUUCCCUAUAUAGUGCCUUAUGGGCCAGGUCAAAAGUCGUGCACUAUGUAGGGAAUAGGGUGCCAUUUGGGACGUAGUUACUUUAACUUUAUGGGCUGUUGUUUUCUUGUCAUUACCUGGUGACUGGCAUCUAACUGCUUCCAGGUGAUGACCCCAACAGCUCUGAGGCUCUACAGAGUGUGAACAAUUCCCUGAAAGCUACUGCUGUUGAGGUGUUCUGGCUGUCUGGCUGUCUGUCUGUCUGUCUGGCUGUCUGGCUGUCUGGCUGGCUGUCUGUUUCUGUCUGUCUGGCUGUCUAUUUGUCUGUCUGUCUGUCUGUCUGUCUCUGUCUGUCUCUGUCUGUCUCUGUCUGUCUCUGUCUGUUUCUGUCUGUCUGUCUGUCUGUCUGUCUGUCUGUCUGUUUCUGUCUGUUUCUGUCUGUUUCUGUCUGUCUGUCUGUCUGUCUGUCUGUCUGUCUGUCUGUCUGUAAGGUUGUAGUACUGGAAUCAGCUUGAAUCAGCCUGGCCUCCGUCUCGCUUUUCAUUAGUUAUCUGCAUCCAUGUAGUUGUUGGCUGCCUAACAAGCAUCAGCUCUGUAGAGAUCAGUGCAUAGUUUUCUUCAGAGAGAGAAUGGAGAACAAUGAGAGGAAAUAAAAAACAUGUUUUUAUAGUAUUUCCAGACUUGCUUUUUGUACAUUGUUUUACCUUUUAGAAACACAAAGAAAAAGUGAGUGGUGUAUUUCAGCAAGGUCAAAGUUCGUGUUUUUCAGACAGCGAGGAGCAAUGCUUGUUAAUCUGUUGGACAGACAGGUAUAUCUGACCACCUGGACUCAACUGUAGUGCCCAAACACAUCUUUAGACAAAGACUUGAUGACUCCGU